CGCAGAUUAAGAUUUCGAUGUAUAGAAUACUAAGAAAUGACUUCGGACCUUCCACAUCCUUUCUUUUUGUUCCCACUCGAUCAAAACAUCUCAGAGGACGUAGUAGGCGAGUAGAAAAGCCAAAAACGAACAAAAUACCCGUGGCAUACAGGUUUUCACACCGAGUCAACAAUUCUUGGAACCUGUUACCCGAAGCAGUGGUUUCCGCACCUUCAAUUGACUUAUUCAAAAGAAGACCAGACGCUCGCAAAAGCAUACUAGAAAAAGAAUAACAUAGGCCGUAGACAUUCUGUCUUCACUACACAAAUCUGAAAUCUGAAUCUGAUAAUUGGUGACCUUCACGAUUACGAAAUAUUCUGAGUGCGGUUUAUAGACCUUCCUACGAAACUUUGUUAACAGAUUAUCUGGUGACAAGAAGCGAGUUAUGGAUCAGAACGCCUUGUGGAGUAUAUUCAGAAGAAUUGACAAAAAUGGAAGUGGAAAUAUAACUGCUGACGAAUUGCAAUCUUGUCUAUCGAACGGUUUGGGAACGAUGUUCAACAUAAGAACAGUACAGUUAAUGAUUACAAUGUUUGAUUGUGAUAUGAAUGGAACAAUUAGUUUCGAUGAAUUUGGUAAACUUUUUAAGUAUGUAAAUGAUUGGCAAAAUUGUUUCCGACAAUUUGAUCGAGAUAACUCCGGUUCAAUUGACCGUCAAGAACUCAGUGCUGCUUUGAUGAGGUUUGGUUAUAGUCUGUCGCCACAAUUUAUAAAUUUUAUGGUUCGUCGAUUUGGUCAUAAUCGUCGAGAAUCUAUUUCAUUUGAUGAUUUCAUUUAUGCAUGUGUCUGUUUACAAAUUCUCACGGGAGCAUUCAGGCGAUAUGACUAUAGAAUGAUUGGUCAAGCUCAGUUUUCAUUUGAACAGUUUCUUACAGCAGCAUUUUCAGUUGUUAUAUAAACUUUAAGUUCAGAAGGAUUAGACUUACAUUUUUCUAUAACCACUGACUCUGGAUUUUGUAACUUCCUUACCUACUUUUUUCAAAAAGUGUUAUGUUAGCCUAUGUAAUUUGUGAUUUUGCACCGUUUGUGGAUAUAUAUUAAACUUACUCUGAUUAUAUGCUUUGUUCAUCUUUUUUUACACUGUACCUUGUAAUCUAAAGUUGCUUUAUUUCAUUCGUAUUGGCAUUUUGUUGUUUGUAUUGCAUACCCUGAAAAAAAACCCACCACAAUAAUAUAAGUACAUUCAGAAUAAUAUACACCCAUUAUUUACAAUGCACUUUUUUUACUGGUGUCUUUUAAAAAAAAUUCUAAACAGUAUUUAAAGAGUACCCCUAAAUAAAUAUUAUCUUUUUGUUAUAUUCAGUUUUAAUUAUUUAUAAUAGUUCACAUUUAACACAUGAAAUCACUAUUCUUAUAAAACUUUAAUUCGAUUAACCACUAGGCACUAGUGUUCCUCCUAGUUCAACACUUUAUUUUCGUAAUUGAUACCGAUCCUUCUUUACAUAUUAUCCUUAAAAUGCUUUCUUUAUGUUUUACGAAUUGGUGCCCACAAAUGCCCUGGUACGGUCGAAAGUGAGGAAAGUCAACUCUCCUUCUCCAAAUGCUCUCACAUGGAUACGUGCAUAAAACCACUACCACACAAGUCCUACUCACUGCUUUCUCAUGGCAUUACUGUUGUUUACGAAAUUGAAAGGACGAAAAUUGAAUGUCCGAUGCGUUAACCGGUUUGGUGGAUACGGACGGUCCACCUAGGGGAGUUGGAAAACCCUGAUUUCAAACCAAUGGUACACAUGGGUACCAGUACCUUGAGGGAACACAUGGCGUAUGAACCAAUCGUUGAUCACCGGCUAUCAUGAGACUGCAUCUCCUGACGUCGCUACACUGUCUUGUAGAUUAGACCUGCAGGUCGAAGGCUCAGGGUGUGGCCCCGUAAGGAAACCACGUGGUUCGGCCUGGGCACCCGGGUAGUAUCCCAGCCCUCACACAAAUCAAAUGAGAUUUGUGUGGAGCAUAUGUAUCUGGUGUCCCCUUGUACCAGUAUUUAUGUGUUCAAAUAAAUCACGAAUUGGUGCACAGAAGAGAAUAAGACGUAAAUAAUACGGUAUCUAACAAGGUAUCAUGUUAUACUUUAUUUUUUUUUGAUAGCACAUACCGUUUAUGUCUGUUGACUAAGGAGCAUGUGACUGAAGAGAAUGGUUAGAUGAAUGUCCACAGAUAAAAGCUAAUCUUAAAUGGAGCAAUAUCAGACUGCUGGGACCUACUAGAUUCCUCUCAUAUGAAGGAAGCUGUCGUAUGUUUACAGAAAUUCAACCGACGUAACAUGGCUAAACUGUUUAUCGGGAAGCAAUUUGUUCAUGAAAAUUAAAAAUGAAGGUCUUCUUUCCCGCAGUUAAAAUUCGAGUUAUUUUAACUGUAUUGUGGCUAGUAUUUAGUAGUGCAAUAUGAUGGGCAGAAAAAUCCCCAACUAAUAAAGAAGACUCAUCGGGUUAUGACGAAAACAAGUUAUGUUGAGGGUUGAAUUUAGGUUACUUCGUAAGGCAACUGGAAAGCAUACUGUAGAACUCUUCCUAAUUGUCUCACUUCUGCCAAAUGUACAUGAGAGACUCAUUUCAUUUUUGGCGAUCGACUUUUUACCAGUGCGUGACUUACGAAAAUUAACACCUACGAAUUGUAAAAGAAUGAGAUUAAUUUAAAGACAUGAAGUUAUGUUUUGUACAGUUGGAUGUUAACUGUUCAUUUGAAUAGGAACUGUCAGGAUAACUUUUUAAAUAGGCAAAAGCUUUUGUAUUUGAAGAGAAGUUUGUCAGCAGUAUAUUGGGUUUGAGCUUCAUUUACUCUACAAGGAAUUCUAUCAUUGAUAGAUUCACUUAACUAAAUAAACAAUCAUAUUUCUUUUACACUUGCCAGUAAUUUUUAUCAUGUACUAAUAUCAACUAGAAACUUAUCGAAAAUUAGAUAGACGUGAAUAGUUGACUUCUUGUAGUUUGGGAAAUACAGAUCAUUGGACUUCAACUCAUUUUGUUGUUAACCUUCAAAUCAAAAUAUACUGAAUUCAAUCCUGUAUGCAGUGGCAUCUACCCAAUGAUGGGAAUUCUCAAACUGCAAUAAUUCAUUUGUUCAACUCUCUUCAGCCAUUGUCAGUCUGUGGCGAAAAUGGUUUACAAUUUGACCAAAUCAUGAUUAAAUUAUGGUGCUUAAUUAUCAAAAUUUGGGGAAACGAUUUCUAGAUGUGAAGUACAAAAGGUGACAUUAACUGUCAAUCGCUCAAUAGUUGAAUUUGGCGAUCCUUUUCUUCAGUGUCUGAUAGAGAAUCAACUGAUUGUGUGAAGUUUAUGCAGCAUCUUAACACAUACAGUGAAGUCGUUCAAAUGAAAUAGGAUUAUCAUGAUCAUAAGGUAUUUGGAACUUAAGAUGGAUUCGUUACUUGUGAUUCAUGUUUAAAAUACUCCUUGCAUUUUAUAUCGUUGGUAUCAAUUGAUUUCUCUAAUUCAGUAAUAACUUCCAGUUUGUGUAGGCUGUUUAUUAUUAUAACCGCCACCAUGUUGAGACAGAAUUGGCUACUGUUAUCGUAUGACUAAUAAGAUUGUUUAUUUUUAUGAAACAAGAGCCAAGUCAAUAAAAAUUUUUAGGAAAAUAUGAGUCGCUUUUUAUUUACUAUCAUGAACUCGUAUCAAUGACUCCGCCUCCAGUAUGUGACUAAGAUGAUAAAAUAUAGUCGAAAGUGGUCUGAUAGAAAUUCAGAUCAUGUCUUUCUAUUUAUUUAUUUAUUUAUUUAAACACAUAAAAAUUGGUACAAGAAGGCACCAAAUAGAUAUGCG